AUGACAGCCUCCCUGGUCCUAAACCCUCGCUGGCCAGCGGACGCGCUGAUGUUUGUGUAUGACAACAACCUGGACGACCUGAACAAGAACAUGGAAGGACUGGUGGGAAGCGGGAACUUCGCUGCAGCCUCAGCGGCAAGCCAGUGCCGCAACAUUAUGGCGCACUCGGCGGCUGCGGCUGCUCUGGGCGGCCACCCAUCCGGCCUGAUGCACUCCUCAGCCGGCUACUCCACAGUGGACGUGUCCGCCUCUGGCUCCAGCGAGACCGGCGUAUCAUCGGGGAAGCAGUGCACGGCCGGACCGUGUCCGGUGGGCGCCGUCCCGCAUCAGAGCUCAUCCGCCGCCACUGCGUUACCGUACAGCUAUUUUGGUAACGGCUACUACCCAUGCAGGAUGGGGCGGGGUUCCGUCAAAUCAUGCACUCAGGCGGCCGGAGCCGCGCUCAGCUCACAGUACAUGGACACGACGGUGAACCCUGACGAAUACCCGAACCAUCGAGCCAAAGAGUUCGCCUUUUAUCACGGCUACCCGAGCCCCUACCAGUCCAUGGCCAGCUACCUGGACGUGUCGGUGGUCCAAACCCUGGGUACCGGGGAGCCGCGCCAUGACACCCUGCUCCCCAUGGACAGCUACCAGCCCUGGGCUCUGACCAAUGGCUGGGGGGGACAGAUGUACUGCUCUAAGGACCAGGGGCAGGCCGGACACCUCUGGAAGUCCGCUCUUGCUGAUGUGGUGGCGCACCAGCACGACGGCUCGCCUUUCCGCCGCGGCAGAAAGAAGCGGAUACCGUACACCAAGGUCCAGCUGAAGGAGCUGGAGAAGGAGUACGGCGCAAACAAGUUUAUCACCAAGGACAAGAGGAGGAAGAUCUCGGCCGUGACCGGGCUGUCCGAGCGGCAGAUCACUAUCUGGUUCCAGAACAGGAGGGUGAAGGAGAAGAAGUUUGUGGCCAAAGUGAAAACCAGCGCGCCGUAGCAUGUCGGCCCAUGCUGUUCGGACGAUUCCGUGAA